AUGGUGGUGUUGAGUAAGAUUACAACAAAUGACCUCCAUGGGGAGAAUUCUCCAUACUUCGAUGGAUGGAAGGCCUACGGUAUGAACCCUUAUCACCAUGGGAGUUAUUCAGAUGGGUCUUGCAGAAAAUCAGACUGGAUCAGGAAAACCCCCAAGGCUUCCAUUUGCACAGCUGAAGGAGUCAAUGAGUUCAAGAAUAUUGCCAUUUUUCAGGAUUACCAUGGCUUGCCGGAGUUCAGACAAGCUGUGGCGAGCUUUAUGGGGAGAAUAAGAGGUGGUCGGGUCAAGUUUAAUCAAGACCGCAUAGUCAUGGGCGGUGGAGCAGCAGGAGCAAAAGAGCAAAUCAUUUUCUGUUUGGCGGAUCCUAUUGCGCAGCUCUAUCUGUUUUGUAUGUUCCAGGAUCCGCCAAACAGAACAUGA